CUGAUUACAGGACUCCAAGCCUUCCUCGUCACUAUAGUAAUCAUGUCUUCCGACAAGAAGUGGCCUCUAAAAAAGGUAGUUCUGUCGCCACCGCCCCUCUCUGCUCUAGCCUCAGCUAUCUCCCUGGAGCUUUCAUCCAACUUCUCCGAGUCAUCAUGCACGGUCGAAACACCGCCAGACCUGACUCUCCCGCCGUAUCACCUGGCUGGUCCAGGUUUGACUGGGUCUACUCGCGUUGUUGAGGUCGGCGAUCCGUCAUACCUGAUCAAGUUCGACUUCACUCGGCGGUACGAUCUUCAGCCUAUCUCUCGAAAGACCGAUAUGUCUCCCUCAUCAGGCUUGAUGAUUGGGGCCGGUGCGGGUCCCUUUUAUGUGCUGGGCCAGAAUACGGAACUCAUGCCUAAUUUCGCAUAUGGCACAGCUGCUGGAGGAGGCUCCCCAGAAGCGACCCGCAACCGUACGCACUAUGCCAAAAUAACACCGGCUGACGGCGUAUCCUGCUGUCAGUUGCCCGACAGUUCCAAGUUCGGGCUGAUGUGCAAUUUGUUCUGCUCUGAUGGGACGCCAGGCCCAUGUCUGCAUAUCAAGGCCAAGUCUCGUACGGGCCGGGAUAAUUUCACCCAGACGAUCCAGAACGCUAUUGGGGCCGCAUUUAACAAGCAGCUCGUUUCAAUCGGCGGAGUGUUCCUCAUCAGAUCGGGCAAAGUGAAUCUACACGUCAUGCCGGAUUUCCCUGCGAGUCCAUUCAAUAACCAUGACGAUGUGGAGAAGUGGUUACGCUACUUUGAGAUGGAGUUCAAAAGAGACAGCCCGGAAGGACCACUGGUGUGUCUGAGCGUUCUGCACUCGGGGGACGACAAGGGUCUGGGGUUGAGGAUGGAGCAUACGCAUUGUUUCACCGACUCCAAGGAUGGAAGUAUGGAGACAACGAAAGGCGGGCAUUAUCACUACGAUGUGGACGAGACGAAAGCCGAGGUCGAGUAUGAAGGGUGGUUCAAUGUUGCAGAACAUGUGUACAGGGUCGAUCCUCCUCCGUCGUGAUGUGAUGCCCUCAUACAGUCAGGGUGGUAUGGGCCAAGGAUGUGAUUACGGAUCACUCUGGUUCAAGCCUUCUAUCGUUCAACUUCACAGAUCCCUUCAGACAGACUCACUUGCUUGAAGGAAAGAAGACUAAAAUAUUCCCGACAAAAACGCAAAUCUGGGCAAGGAGAACGUCGGAAGUGAUUGUGUGGUUGGCUGCCAGCCAUCAGGCUGACAUCGUACCUGCGUCAGCUAUAGCACGACUAUUGCCUUAACGCCUAAUGAUAGUAUUAUCGAUCCG